AUGUCGCUCGAGGAGAAGUUGGCCAAGAUCAAGUCGCCGAAUCUCCAGAGUCAACAGCAUACCGCCGUGGUACUAUCCUCGAUCGAGGAAACCCUCACUGAGCAGAAGACGAAAUUUACGGCCACGGCCUACUUUGCUGCUCUGCUUGCCCUCCUGAAACAAUCUGCCUCUACAGACGGUAAUAAUGAGGUCGUCACCUCGGCCGUCUACCUCCUCGAUCUCAUCACCUCGCAUGUCCCGGCGAGCCUGCUCCGAUCACAAUUUACCACGAUCCUGUCCUUGUUGGCGCCUUUCCUGAACGCCUCUCUAGCGAAUGGGCCUUUGGUGCGGUCAGCAAUAGGAUGUCUGGAGUCGUUGUUGAUUGCCCAAGAUGCUGCAGCAUGGAACCUCCCGCAGACACAAGCCAGUCCGCGGCAGACGAUCCCUGUGUUACUCACACUGGCUAUUGAUUCGAGACCCAAAAUCAGAAAACGGGCGCAGGAGGCUAUAACGAACAUCCUGAAAAAUCCGCCACCGGGGCCCGCGAUUGAUCAUCCUGCCGCCGAACUAUGCGCGGUCGCCGCUCAGAACAAUCUCAAGAACGCCGUGGACCAGGCUCACCAGGUACGGCGGCAGAAGGGUCGACCGGAUGACGGCCACGAGCCGGCCGUGAUUCAUGCUUUGCAGUUGACGAAGACCAUUGCAGUGGCAUCAGGUGGCUGGCCAAGCAAGAAGAUUGAAUCGCUCUGCGAGCUGCUACUGUCCAUAUCCAGGUCGAGAAACGAUUAUUUGGUCAUGAGCGCUUUUGAAGUGUUCGAGGUCAUAUUCGAGGGAAUGCAGGAUGAGGUCUCGUCCUCCAAGUUGCCACGCCUGCUGGAAGCGAUAGUGGAUUUGAGGCCUCCGCAGAAUGACUCGCAGCUGCUUCCGCCCUGGAUCGCAAUCGUAUCGAGGGGCUACGGGACAGCUGCAGUCGUCGAACCAGAAGACACUUUCGUGAAACUGCCGGAACUCUGCGAUCUGGUGACACCCUAUCUGACCAGCCCGUCUCACAACAUCAGGGUCUCGGCGUCAGAGUGUCUCAUUUCGUUCUUCGCCAAUUGCAUUCCCGACAGCGUCAUAUCUGACCCCUCCGUAUAUGACGAAAAGGUGCUGGAGCAACUCUCGAAAAAGGCACUUGACCUCCUCUCGGUGAAGUAUCAGACGGCCUGGAUGGAGGUGUUCAGCACCCUGGGCGCCAUAUUUGACGCUUUGCGGUGGCGGGGUGAUCCGUUUUUGCUCCCCAUCGUCAAAGCGAUCGGGGAGCUACGGAGCCAUGAGGGCUUCCAGGGCAAGAAGGAAGCGGACGAGGUCUUGGGGCAUGCCAUCCGCAACCUUGGGCCCAGCGCCGUGUUGAGCGUCCUCCCUCACAACCUCAUCAGGCCGCAGCCAGGCCAGCCCGGCAGAGCAUGGCUUCUCCCGUUACUGAGAGACCAUGUAUCGAACACAAAUCUGGCACAUUUCAGAUCCGACCUCGUCCCUCUCAGCGAGGCAAUGUACCAAAGGAUCAUCGAUCACGGCGACGCUGAGAAGACCAUGGACAUCAAGGUUUUCGAGACUGUGGUGCAGCAGGUCUGGGCCACCUUGCCGGGCUAUUGCGACCUUCCCCUCGACUUGCAAACGGCCUUUGAACAGCCGUUUGCAGAGAUGCUCUCGAAUCUGCUCUACAAGCAGACUGACUUGCGGGUGGACGUGUGUCGAGGGCUGCAAAACCUGGUCGAAUCAAACCAGGCACUCUUAGCAUCGGAUCUUCCGGACGAGGUUCUUCUACUCGAACGACGACUGCAACGGUCUGAUGCCGAGAAGAAUAUCCAGCACUUGGCCCAGUUCGCGGGCAACCUUUUGGCGGUCCUGUUCAAUGUCUACAGUCAAACACUACCUCAGUCUCGCACAUACAUUUUACAGUGUAUCAAUAGCUACCUGAGCAUCACUCCUGAGAAGGACUUGGUGGAUACCUUUGAGCGAGUGUCGACGAUGCUGCAAGAUGCCCUUCCAAAAGCCGAUCAACCACCUCCCAAGAAGGAGCCAGACCAAACAUCUGGCAGCAAACUGCCCCCGACCUCUCACACGCUACUUGACCUUGUCAUUGCGCUCUCUGUCCACUUGCCACGAUCCACGUUUUCUUCACUCUUCGCCAUCUCUUCCAACAUCCUGACCAACCCGGCAGUUCUCAAAUCCGACCCGCAACUCAUCAAGAAAGCGUACAAGCUCAUUCCGAGGCUGUCAACUUCUCCUACUGGAGCAGAGGCGCUUACUGCUCGCAACGGGGAGCUGCAGGAAUUAAUUCUUCGGACUUCGGAAACAACACCUGUCCCCGCCCGACGAGAUCGUAUUCUGGCGAUUCAAACACUCGUCUCGUUUCUCCCCCUGACCGACCUCCAUUUCAUUCCUAGUAUGCUCAGUGAAGUUGUCUUGGCCUGUAAAGACAGCAACGAGAAAGCUCGCACUGCGGGAUUUGACCUCCUCAUCGCACUCACGGAGAAAAUUUCCGACCCAUCCAAUCCUCCAGACACGAAGAUCCGCAAUCGCCUCGUUCCACACAUGCCAGACGAUUCCCCCGACGCGCCCGCAACGCUGGAGGAGGUGUUCACCAUGGUGAGCGCCGGGCUGGCUGGUGUGGCUCCUCAUAUGGUUGCCGCCAGUGUUAUCGCGCUCAGCCGGCUGUUCUUCGAAUUUCACUCUCAAUUAGCUGAUAAGACGAAAGAGGAGCUUGUCGACACCGUCUGUCUGUUCCUCCAGUCGAACAACCGCGAGAUCGUCCGGGCGGUGCUUGGAUUUGUCAAGGUCAUGGUUGUGGUAUUGCCCACAGAAAUGCUGGGGCCCAGAAUGCCCAACAUCGUCCCCGGACUGAUGGUCUGGAGCAAAGAGAACAAAGGACGGUUGAGAGCCAAGGUCAAGGGAAUAUUAGAUCGCUGUCUGAGGAGGUUCGAUUCCGCCAAGGUUGAAAGCUGGGUUGGAGCGGAUGAUCGGAAGAUGGUCGUCAAUAUUCGCAAACGGAGAGAGCGAGGACGCCGGAAGAAGAAGGGAGAUGACGAAAUGGACGAGGAUGAGGAGACCGCGACGAAGAAAUACGACAACGAAUUCGACGAGGCUAUCUACGGCUCCGACGACGAUGAUUCGGAGAUUGAAGGCAGCGACGACGAGGAUGAUGGCAAUGCUACUACACCAGGGGUCUCCUUCAAGAAAAGUUCAGUGGCGGGCAGGAAGAGAGCAAACGAACAGUAUAUCCGCCAGGACGAAGAGGACGACGAGCCGCUCGACCUGCUCGACCCGCGAAGUAUGGCCAGCAUUGCCACCAAGAAGCUCGGACGCCUGCGAGACGUGCAGCCCAGAACGAAGAAAACCAAGGCCAAGUUCAACGAGGACGGCAAAUUGGUUUUUGGUGGCGAACACGGGGAUGAAGAAGACGGCGAUGUCGACGUGGUCAUGUCCGGCUCAGGGAAUAAUCAAGACAACUCGGUCAACGCGUACCUCGACGCGGUGUCGGGCGCCGACGCCGUCCGACGGGGCCAGAAGGGCCGGCUGAAAGUCAAGUCUGGAAUGCAGAAGAGGACCAAGCAGGAGACCCGCGACCGGGACGCUCAAGAAGAGAUGGAGCUGGACCUAAAUGUCGACGAGGCACGGCAGGUCGCGCGACAGAUCAUGCAGGGUGGCUCCGGAUCUCCCAGGUCGCCCGGCGGCAGGGGCAAGGCGAAGGAUCCGAAACAGCAGAGACGCGGCUUGGGCGUCGAGAAGCGGAGAGAUCACUCUCAGCAGAAGCAGCAGCGGUUUCGGAGCGGAAGUGGUGCGGGCGGACGAGGCGGGAGACGAGUGCAGUUUGGAGGCCGGAAUGGAGGUCGGAGAUGA